UCUCUAUCUACUGCUAAUUCCGUGUCCAUUUACUAUCUUUCAUUGCGACAUCCAGUCGGCCCCUUUCCCUUUCUUCAACUCCAUUUUCCUUUCCUGGAAACCCACUUUCCAUUUCCCUAAAAAUCAAAUCCAAACCCAUAAUAACCCGUUUCAACUUUCAGUACUCUUCUCAACAAACAUUCAAUGGAUAAAAUGCUAAGUGUGCAUUCAAAAAAGGGAAACAAAGAGUCUAAAAAUACCAAGAAAAAGCCAGUGAAAGUUGUGUAUAUUGCAAACCCUAUGAAGGUGAACACUAGUGCAGCAGAGUUCAGAGCUUUAGUCCAAGAACUCACUGGACAAGAUGCUAAGUACCCAAUGAUGGAAAGUAGCUGUGUCGGCACGGAAUGCGACAAAAAUAGUAAAUUCAAAAAGGAUUUUUAUUCAAAAAGGGAAAUGACAGUAACUGACAAAGAUAAAGUUGUACAUGAAGAUCAUCAUCAUCAUCAUCAUGUUGUGGAUGAAGUAGCUAAUAAUGUGCAUAAUCCUAAUAGUGAAGCAGCAAUGACCGAUAAUUCGGAUCUUUCGUUCGAGGAUUAUGGUGGUGGUGGAGAAGAUUUUGUGCCAGAGUUGCUGGACAAUUUCCCAGGGUUGAUGGCUUCAAACUUGUGGUAUGACUAAAUGAAAUGAAACUUAGUUUGUUUCUUCUAGUUCUAGUUAAAAAAAAAAAAAAAAAACUAAAAGGUCAAAUAGCUAUAGAUAGUUCUUGGCUAUGCCUAUAUGUAUAUUCUGCUUUUAUAGUACUUAAAUAAUUAGGUGAUAUAUAUAUAUAUAUGCAAGUAGCUCUAGCCAUGUACAACUUGCUUGAUACUACUUUUGUAUUUAGUGGCUAGCUAGUCCUGCAACUUGGAGAUAAAAGUAAUUGGUUCAGUACUAACUGUACAACUCAUCAUUCAAGAUCUACCUUAAGUUAGCAAAAACUAAAGGUUUCUCUUAAUGUAAUAAAGUCAAUAUUUUUUAAUGCUAAGAAUAAAGUUUCAUUUC